AUGGCCAAGACGAUGAUGCCAAUGCUGAAAAUAGCUGGUAGUCGCAGCAACAGGGGUGGUGAGACUAGCGAUGGUGGCAACGGAGGGAAGACGAAGCCAAUCAAGCUCCCAGAGACCAUCAGAGUGUCGAGGGCCAGCACCAAGCAUAGCGCCCGUGCGACGAUCCUGAACAGAACACAAAUCAAAGUCGAGAAUGACCCUACAACUAGAAUCAACAAUCUGACCACAAGAUAUGAGCUGCAUGACCCCCUUCGUUCCUCUCUCCUUCGUCAGAUCCAACCCGCGCGCUGCCCCCCGACCCACGCCGCCGCCGCCCCGACCCUCACCGGACUCCACCCCCGUGCCCUCGCGGCUCAUUUGUUGCGGCGCCCCCGCCAGACUCCACCCCCGUGCCCCCGCCAGCCCACACGGCUUCGUUGCGGCGCCGUCGCCGUUCUCUUCACCGACCUCGCCGUCCGUCCGCCGUCGCCGCCUCGUGCUCCGGCUACUCCCUCCCCUCGCGCGCCCACAUACGGCGGCGAAGGUGCCCGGGUCCCCCGCUCGCCGUCUCCUCCGACUCCUCCCGGGCCGUGCUCGCUGCCCCCCGUGCUCGCCGUCCCCGAGCCGAGCGCCGCCUCCCUCGCCGUCCCCCCUCCGCCCGCGCCCACGCCCUCGACGUCCUCCCGCCCAAGCCUCGAGGGCACCCGCGUGGAACGGAUCCUCACCUCCGACCCCAAGCUCCCCUUCAAAGUGUUCAGCGUGCCGGAGGCGGCGCCCUUCACCGCGGUGCUCAAGUUCGCCGCCGAGGAGUUCAAGGUUCAGCGUGCAGGUCUUGCUGUGCGUCAAGCGCCUGGUCUACACCAACGACGCAGGGGAGGUCGUCAAGGGCGUCUGCUCCAAUUUCCUCUGUAUCUGGUCUGAAAUCAAGUCAAAUUAACUUCUAAGCAUUUAGCUUUAGCAAGUCAAAUUAUCAGUUUCAUACAUUCUUUGAUUCCAGGUAAGCAUUUUUUCCCUACCUUCUGUCUUUUUGCUGCACUGUUAUUUAUUGUAUCCAUACUUUCUGUUAAUUUUGCCAGAACAUAGAGUUCUGAAGGCUGACUAUCCUGUCACUUCAAGUGAUUGUGGGUUGCAUUAUCUUAUCUUAUUAUAUGCUUUUAGUUGAUUAUUUUUGUGUCUUGAUUUGUUGGUGGGAUGAAGGUUUUGGAAAACUGGAAACCAGGGUCCUUCAAAAGAUAUCUAUAGAAAUAUAAGCUGAAGCGCUUUUGUCUCUCCCUAGAACUGUUGGUAUUUGAGUAGCUAGAUGUAGAAGGGUAGGGAACAACAUAAACUUGAAAAAGUAGAAGCAAUAGCUAGUUUCCAGCUUAGGGACCAGUACUAGGUGUGAUGUUCCCCUUUGUUUAUCUAGAGCCUGAUUCACGUACUAAUUGCAAUUAAUAAAACUGUUAGCAAUGAAACAUCACAUCCAAAAUCUGUUCCCCGUUGCGUGAGCUCUGAUUCAGACUGAGGCAUGCAUGCUGCUAAUUUGUCUUGAACUUGAAGUGGGAUUAAGUGCCCACCAUGAUAAUAAAGAAGCUAAGUAGCGAGUCAUGUUCCAACAGUAGUAGUAGUGGCACAUCACUGUUUCUUAUUACAAAGAUGCAGUGUCAACAUUGUUAAUCAGUGGUUGGUGAUAUUGACUGGCUAAGGAGCGCUUCAGCUCGGCUCAGUGGCCGCGGAUUCACACAUAGAAGUAGUAAUUAUUGUGUGAAUUACACUAUGAAAAGUAGUUUUAAUUUGCAUUUUUGUAGGACUGCCGUCCAUGUGAACACUCUUAAGUUUAUACUGCUUACUGUUGAAUUAUAUGAAUUUUGAUCCGGUCGACGCUUGACUUUGCCUGAUUUUUUUGUUCCUUGUCUAAGCUGAAAGCAGAUUCGAUCAUGAUUUUGCACUCACUGUCUGCAAAUGAUUAUUUUUCAUUUCCUUGAUACAAGUGUCCCAUUGGCAGUACUGCAUGUACCAUCUGGGCAUGCAGGCUGUAACUUGAACUUGAAGAACUCCUUAGAUAGUUUUAUUAAAAAAUGUGUAACUUUAAGAAAAAUUGCAGAUAAGUAGACACUAAAAAUUGCAGCCAUGUCAAAGUGUCAUUUCAUUUGGGAGCAGUAACUAUAAGAAAAGGAAGUGAGUUGAAUUGCAAAAAAAUGGAAGGUGAAAUGAAAAGAACAUUGCUCUAUGUGAAAAUUGUAUGUGCAAUCUAUAAAUGUGAAAAACUGUAUGUGCUGUCAUAGGUGUUGUGCUGUCAAAAACCAUAUGUGCAAUCUCCAGAACAAUUACGCUUAUGUGAAAACUGUAUGUGCAAUCUCCAAAUGUAUCAUCAUAAUGUAGGUGCUGUGUUGUGUGAUUCUUCAUGCUGAGAACUUCAGCUUUUUC